CUUCCCAACUCCCCCAACAGAUACUCAGCUGUUUCAUAACUUUCAGAACAGUCACCCCUCCGCUGUCAUGGCAAUGCGCCUUCAAUUCUCUUCAGAUUCUAUUCUCUCCUCUCUCAUCUCUCAAUUUGGUAAACCACUUUAGUUUACCAAAAAGGCAAGACAAAAUUUAUACACACACACCCUUUUCCUUUUCCUUCAACAUUCGCCAUUUUUCUACACCAACCCACCACCUCUCUCACCUUCCAAACUUCCAAUUCAACUCACUUUUUUGCGCUACUACUCCUAUCCUACUAUUAUUAGUUGAAUUGAGGGAUAAAGAUUGAAUCUUGGAUUGUUUUAAUUUCCUCGGAGAUAGAUGAUGAUGAAGAGGUUUCGCCUUCCUUCUUCUUCCUCUUCUUGCUCUUCGUCUUCCUCGUGCAUUAUUGGGUCCGGCGGCACUGAGAUUGAGGUUCUCCCGGAGCCUGUGAAGCCCAUUCCUCAGCCCGAACCCAGGCCCAAACGCCCCAGAACCAAGAGAAAUCAAAUCCUCAAUGCCCAUUCCCCCACAUCUGGGUCUACCAGGAGAAGCUCCCUUUACAGAGGAGUUACCAGGCAUAGAUGGACUGGGAGAUAUGAAGCACACUUGUGGGACAAGAGUAUCUGGAAUAGCACUCAGAACAAGAGAGGGAGACAAACUUAUUUGGGUGCAUAUGAUAGUGAGGAGGCUGCUGCCAGAACCUAUGAUCUUGCUGCACUUAAGUACUGGGGGCCAGGCACCACGCUUAAUUUUCCGAUUGAGACAUAUAGCAAAGAGCUUGAGGAAAUGGAGAAGUUGUCUAGGGAGGAGUUCCUAGCUUCACUUCGGCGCCGAAGUAGUGGAUUUUCUAGGGGCGUUUCUAAGUACCGUGGUGUUGCAAGGCACCAUCACAACGGUCGUUGGGAGGCACGAAUUGGACGAGUCUCUGGGAACAAGUAUCUUUACUUGGGGACUUUCAGCACUCAAGAGGAAGCGGCUACAGCGUAUGAUAUGGCAGCGAUCGAAUACAGGGGUUCGAAUGCAGUGACGAAUUUUGACAUCAGCGUUUAUGCAGAUAAGCUGAAAGAAAUCCGGGAAAGGAACGAGAGGGAACAGCAGGGAAACGAUGAGUCCUCGUGUGAAGUUGAGUCCAAAGAACACAAAGAAGAAAGCCCGAAAUGGAAUCAAGAGGAAGAAUACUUUGUGGAAGAGAUCGUUCCAAAGUUAGAGGGAAUGGAACACACUAAACUCCCAAAACUCGAAUUUGCUCCUUCUUGUUCCUUGCCUAUGAUGACACCGAUUGACCCUCUGGAGGAAGAGCCCGAAAGCUUUUGGAACGACUCGUUUCCAGUUCAUGAUCUUCAUCUGGACGAGAAGCCUUCUUACCUGCUCGAUUUCUUCAACGACUCCAGCAUAGGAAACAGCCUCGAUUUCCUUUUCGAGGAACCAUCUAGUGGCAGCACACUCAUCUCCGAUGAAUUUGAAGCUAUGGUUAACGAAGGACACAAUGCCGCCUUUACUGCCCCUUCGCCUUCAUCUAAUUCGACAACAUUGUCGGUAUAUGGAGAAAUUUCUGCUGCUUCAAAGUUGUUAAACUGUUAGCAGUUUUUUUUAGGUUGUAGUUUAGACAGGAGACAAGGUAUGAUUGACUUGCAUACACAGGUUUAGUGUUUUUAUUAACUUCUCCA